CGCCCCGAAAGAAAAAAGGAAAUUCAGCUGUGGAGGGAUCCGGGGAAACUCCACAGGCCAAACUUAUGAGGUUGUGGUAACCUCCCUGCCAGCCACAACAGGGCCGGCUCUGCCGCGCCGCGAGGACGUUAACCAAGAGAACCCUAGAAGCCCGCGGUCCCGGCGCCCAGGCCAGCGCCGCCACCAGCGGGGAGCGCCGGACCCGCCACCACCCAGCCAACCGCAAGAAGCGCACCGCGCCUGCGCAGCUGGGUCCGCUCCCGCAUUGCGCCUGCGCGGCUGGGCUCUAGCUGCCCCCCCCGCCCCGUGACGUACACGCUUGUGGGCGGGGCUCCGGCUGGCGAGUCCGUGGGGGUCGUGUACCCCCGGUGGAGAACUUGGUGGCGCCCACCGACGGGAGAGCAGGAGAGCAGCCUGCGUCUGCCGCCUGCUUCCCGGGGAGCGCCACCCCGUCCACAGUGGGUAGAAGGCGGCGUUCAGGAAAUGUGGUGUGUGAAUGAAAAGAGGCACCUGUUGUGAAACUUCCAGAAAAACCAGCUCCAUACUUCAGCAGUUGCAGUACAGUUCUUGGCAGUCAAAGAUGAGAAAAAUACCAAAUCAUGGGAACCUGAGGGUGAUGAAAGUGGUAUACCCCUUGGGGCUGUGCGUGGGCCUGUUCAUCUACGUCGCCUACAUCAAGUGGCACCGCGCCUCCGCCACCCAGGCCUUCUUUAGCAUUGCUGGGGCAGCUUCUGGGACCCAGUGGGGCCAGCAGGCCCACAGCCCCCCAGGGACAGCUGCGCACGGUCAGGAGGUCUUCUAUGGGAUCAUGUUUGACGCAGGGAGCACCGGCACCCGAGUCCACGUCUUCCAGUUCGCCCAGCCACCUGGAGAAACUCCCACUUUGACUCACGAAACCUUCAAAGCACUCAAGCCGGGCCUUUCUGCUUAUGCUGACGAUGUUGAAAAGAGCACUCAGGGAAUCCAGGAGCUCCUGGAUGUUGCUAAACAACACAUUCCCUUCGACUUCUGGAAGGCCACCCCUCUGGUCCUCAAGGCCACUGCUGGCUUACGGCUGUUACCAGAAGAGAAGGCUCAGAAGUUACUGCAAAAGGUGAAAGAUGUGUUUAAGGCUUCGCCCUUCCUUGUAGGGGAUGACUGCGUGUCCAUCAUGAAUGGAACAGACGAAGGGGUUUCAGCAUGGAUCACAAUCAACUUCCUGACAGGCAGCUUGAGAGGCCCAGGAGGGAGCAGUGUGGGCAUGCUGGAUUUGGGCGGAGGGUCCACUCAGAUCACCUUCCUGCCACAGCUUGAGGCCACCCUGCAGGCCUCCCCGCCAGGCCACCUGACCGCACUGCAGAUGUUCAACAGGACCUACAAGCUCUACUCCUACAGUUACCUUGGGCUCGGGUUGAUGUCGGCGCGGCUGGCAAUCCUGGGCGGUGUGGAGGGGCAGCCCGCUAAGGAUGGAAAGGAGUUGGUCAGCCCGUGCCUGUCUCCCAGCUUCAGAGGAGAAUGGGAACACGCCGAAGUAACAUACAGACUUGCAGGGCAGAAGGCAGGCAUGACCCUGUACGAGCUAUGCGCCAGCAGAGUGUCCGAGAUCCUCCGAAAUAAAGUGCACAGGACGGAAGAGGCGAAGCAUGUGGACUUCUACGCUUUUUCCUACUAUCACGACCUCGCAGCCCACGUUGGCCUCAUAGAUGCAGAGAAGGGCGGCAGCCUGGUCGUCGGAGACUUUGAGCUCGCAGCCAAGUAUGUGUGCCGGACCCUGGAGACCCAGCCACAGCGCGGCCCCUUCGCGUGCAUGGACCUCACCUACGUCAGCCUGCUGCUGCGGGAGCUUGGCUUUCCCCGGGGCAAAGUGCUGAAGCUGACUCGGAAAAUUGACAACGUUGAGACCAGCUGGGCUCUGGGGGCCAUUUUUCAUUACAUCGACUCCCUGAAAAGACAGAAGAAUCCAGCCUCGUAGCGGUGGAGCUACCCAGCCUGCCCCAGUCAGUGGUAAUCUCUGUGGCUCUCCUGUCCUGGAUGUGACUUCACCCUCGAGAGGCUGUGAUGUGGGGCGAGCCCCUUCCUCCCUGCAGUCUGUGGGGGCAUUUCUUGUGGACUUGCCUGGGACUUAGAAGGGCCCCAUGGCCCCCUGGCCUGUGCAUCAGCCUCCCCCAGCUGCAUGCAGCCAGAGGGCCUGUCCAGUGCCUCCUGGCUGCCCCAGCUCCAGGUGGGCAGGGGACCAGAUGGGGCUCAGGUGCACGCCACAGCAGCAACACAGCCCCGACACACCCCUAGGGUGGCUGCAGCAGGUAUGUUUGUCCCUGGGAUGAGUCUCCUGGACCUUGUAGGUUUUCUCCCUCCCUGAGGUGGGCUCCACCUUCCCCAGGAGAGCCUGAGGAGGUUGUAGGGAUUGCCUGGACUGCUCAGAGCUGUUUCUGCCUUGCCCUCCAGGCUGGCCUGCUGGGAAGUGGGUUCUCGUGUGCUCCUUCCUAUUCUGUGUGGGUGUGUGGAGUCACUGGGGGGGGCUGCUCUCCUUGAACCUGGCAUGGUUUAGGGUUAAUGGAAGGAACACAGUGGGUAGGAGAAGAGCUGUGGAACCUCCCAGGGACCUUGCUUCCCGCCUCUUCAGAGAACAUCUCCUGCUGUGGGCAGGCACUAAGUGAACCUCUGUAACACUGUUUGUGGCCAUGCUGCUUGAGCGACGAUCCUUUUGUGGGUGUGCUGAGUGCUUGUGUGGAAGCUGUGCUCUGAGCCCCUCUUCUGGACGCUGCCUCUGUGUUCUAGUGAAUGUAUUACUAUUGUGAGCCGUUUGCAACCCAGCGAGGUCGUGUCAGGGGACACAGUCCCUCCACAGUUCAGCCAAGCCACUGUCCCCAGCACCAUGCUCCUGUGGUCCCGGGCCACAGUCUAUACUCCUUGUGACUGACCCCGCCCCCCACACACAUCCUACGUGGCGUGUGGGUCCUGGUGCCUGAGCUCCCGGCGUUGGUGUUGCAGUGAAUGUACAGCACGUGGCAUGGCUGAGCCUCACGUCCACUUAAAAUAAAAGUUUCCUGUUCCUGGGAGGUGCCUGUGGGUCAUUGAGUAAGGCGCCGGCCCCACAUACCGAGGGUGGCAGGUUCAAACCCAGCCCCGGCUGAACUGCAACCAAAAAAUAGCCAGGCGUUGUGGCGGGCACCUGUAGUCCCAGCUGCUCGGGAGGCUGAGGCAGGAGAAUCGCGGAAGCCCAAGAGCUGGAGAUUGCUGUGAGUCCUGUGACAUCAUGGCACUCUACUGAAGGCAGUAAAGUGAGACUGUCUCUACAAAAAAUAAAAAACGUUUCCUGUUCCUGGGAGGCCUAUCUUGAGUGGCGGCACCAUUUGCCCACCUGGCACCUGAUAUCCCUGUUUACCUUUAAAAAAGCCAAAGUGUGGUUUGGUGCCUGUAGCACAGCAGCUAGGGCACCAGCCACACACACCGGAGCUGGCGGGUUUGAACCCAGCCCAGGCCUGCCAAACAAUGACAACUACAACAACAACAACAACAACAAAAAUAGCCGGGCGUUGUGGCGGGCACCUGUAGUCCCAGCUACUUGGGAGGCUGAGGCAAGAGAAUCUCUUAAGUCCAAGCUUGAGGUUGCUGUGAACUGUGACACCAUGACACUCUACCGAGGGCAACAUAAUGAGACUCUGUGUCAAAGUGGGGUGGCAGAAGAGGUGGCAUGCUUUAUGUCUUGCCAGCGUCUCUGGAGACAACAGUGCAAGGCCCUGGGGAGUCCAGGCUGCAAAGGAGUCUGGCCAGGGCUCCUGCUGUCCCCAUAGGCUGGAGAACAGAGCUCCUCCCCUGCUGGGCCAGCAACCUCAACAGGGCCAGGGCAGGUCCCUGCUUUUAGCCAGGACAGCCCCAAAGGGAUGAUAUGCCAGGGAAAGCUUCAAGCUGACCGUGCCCUGGGCGUGUUUGUGUGAAGCCCCCCAGCCUGUCUGGGAACCCAACUGUGGCAGGAGGGACAGGCUGGGCCAGGACCUCCCAGACUACACGGCAGAGGCUUGUGCAGAGGGGGAAAGGGUUCCACAAACAGGCCAUCUCACUCCUCCUCUCUGAGCGCCUGCGCUGCACAGCAGGUAGCGGCAGAGAAGGAGCCACCUGUGAACCCUCUGAUACCUGAGCAGCUCAGCACCUGUAGAUGUCCACACUGCAGAGCCUGGUCUGUGCCACCUGUCCCCAGAGGCUGGAGGGACACCUAGAACUCACACAAAGCCAGAGCCAGCAGUUCUGUGCCCAGGGGGCUCAAACCUUGGGAAGAAGUCAGAGGUCAGAGGUCAGUGUGUGAUACAGCCAGAGAAGACAAAGCAGGAGAGAGGCUCCCUGAACAGAGUCGCGUGAGGACUAAGGCUGGGCGGCUUCACCCAGAGGGCAGAGAAGGCCUGUCCUCUUCCCAGCUUCACUGUCGCCGCCUUGGCAGGGCCCCACCAGCUCUUCCACUUCCAUAAUACCCAACACAUUAAAUAUUUAAAGAACUCUGGAGGCAAAGAAUCAAAGAUAGAUGAAGGCAGGCAGACCAAAAAUUGACUCGAUCCUUUUAAAAGUGAAUGAUCUCACAUCUGAAAAGAGUAAACCACUGGCAGUUUCCCAAGCGAGCACCGAAUAAGUCAAGGACUAUUUUAGGCAAAAUAUGCAAGUCACUUCUCUCCAAGUGUCUUUUGUGAUAAUAGAGUGGGCUCUCAUUUUUCAAAAAUAGCUACACAUGCACAUUGUGAGAAGCACCCUGGGAGGCAGUGAGGCUGCUCCCACCGGGGCACGUGCCACAAUGCGCCUGAACAGGGCUCCACGCACGCCCCACACACCGCACACGGGCUGCUUUGGUCCUGCUGUGGCCUGUGGCAUCCCCACAUUGGGGUGACAGGUCCCAUAACAAUGUGUUUCCAGCCUCUUUUCCAUGUAGGUGAGUGUCCUGACGCUGCCAGACUGAAGGCCCCAAGCCUUCAGUAAACUGCAAACUGUGGCGAUGUGUCCACCAAGUGUCAGUGCCAGUGUCCUCCCCGACAUAAGCACAGCCAAAGAACUUGACUCAUUCUGGCAAAUAAAAAAUGGUUCCUGCAUUUCAACAUGCAUGAAUCUAAUUCA